AUGUCGGCCGCCGUGGCGUGCCUGGACUACUUCGCCGCCGAGUGCCUGGUGUCCAUGUCCGCGGGCGCCGUGGUUCACCGCCGCCCGCCGGACCCCGAGGGCGCGGGCGGAGCCGCAGGCUCGGAGGUGGGUGCGGCGCCGCCGGAGUCCGCUCUGCCGGGUCCGGGGCCACCGGGACCCGCGGCGGUCCCCCAGCUCCCCCAGGUCCCCGCCUCCAGCCCCGGCGCCGGCGGCGCCGCGCCCCACCUGCUGGCUGCAAGCGUCUUGGCUGACUUGAGCGGCGGCUGUGGGAAGGGCUCCGGGGAGAACUCGGGGGAAGCUCUGCGCGCCUCGUCCGGCUCCUCCGACCCGCCCUCGUGCUCCGGCCCGACCCAGGGCUCCGAGCCGGCUCCCCCCUGCGGCGCAGCCUCGGUCUCCGCACCCGUGAGCACCUUUGGUGCGCCGGCCGUCCCAAGCGAGCCUACCGCCCCGGGCGCGCCUGCAGGCUCUGGAGGGGUCUCUGGUGGGGCCCCAGGGGCCAGCCCCGCCCCCCCCAAGGGUCAGGUGCCCCGGCGGAGGUCUGUCACGCCUGCUGCCAAGCGCCACCAGUGCCCCUUCCCGGGCUGCAACAAAGCCUAUUACAAGUCGUCGCACCUCAAGUCCCACCAGCGUACGCACACGGGUGAGCGCCCUUUCUCCUGCGACUGGCUCGACUGCGACAAGAAGUUUACGCGUUCUGACGAGCUGGCCCGCCACUACAGGACGCACACGGGCGAGAAACGCUUCUCCUGCCCCCUCUGCCCCAAGCAGUUCUCCCGGAGCGAUCACCUGACCAAGCACGCCCGCCGCCACCCAACCUAUCAUCCCGACAUGAUCGAGUACCGGGGGCGUCGUCGCACUCCCCGCGUCAACCCGCAACCCACCAGUGUGGUGGAAAGCUCCAGCUCCGGCCCCAGCCAGGCGCCCAACCUCACCACCUGCCUGUAG